UCCAAUGAGUUUGUUAUGCUGCGAAAAAAGUGCAGUUGCCUUAGUUUUGCAGCAGAAGCAGCAGAGUUGAGUUGGUAUGUUCACGGAAAAGCCCCGACAAGUGCAGCUACUUCCGCCUUUAGCCGCCUCUCAUCACACAGAAAAAUGACGGCAACCUUGCGUCCAUAUCUCAAUGCGGUUCGUGCUACUCUGCAGGCCGCCCUCUGCCUGGAGAGUUUCUCCUCGCAGGUGGUGGAGAGACACAACAAGCCAGAGGUGGAAGUACGGAGCAGUAAAGAGCUGCUCCUCCAGCCUGUGAUCAUCAGCCGUAACGACAAGGAGAAAGUUCUGAUCGAGGGAUCCAUCAACUCUGUCAGAGUCAGCAUCGCUGUCAAGCAGGCAGAUGAGAUUGAGAAGAUCCUAUGCCAUAAAUUCAUGCGUUUCAUGAUGAUGAGAGCAGAGAACUUCUUCAUCCUGAGGAGGAAACCAGUGGAGGGCUAUGACAUCAGUUUUCUCAUCACCAACUUCCACACAGAGCAGAUGUACAAACAUAAACUGGUGGACUUUGUCAUUCAUUUCAUGGAGGAAAUUGACAAGGAGAUCAGUGAAAUGAAGCUGUCUGUCAACGCCAGAGCUCGUAUUGUCGCUGAGGAGUUCCUCAAAAAUUUCUGAGAGAGAGAAUCCACAGGAAUACAUUCCUUGCAAUUCUGGCUGUCACUGUGGAGUGUCCACAUCACGGCAGAGAGGUGACAAAAUACGAUCAGCCAAGAGAAGUGGAGAAACAUUAGAAUGUGCAGUAAAGAUGUGCAGGCCAAUGAGGCUUUGCCCUUUCACCUUUAAAAUGCCCCUUUGCUCAAAAAUAUUGAUGUUUGUACAUAAUCAAUACUUACUGCCUUUAGAACAUAAGUCAGGGCAGGUCCUUAAAAAAGACAUGUGUAAUCAAUAUUUGUGAGCACAGGGUAAUAUGGAAUUUUAAAAUAAUUUAAAUGUUUGUUUUUUUAAAAAUAUAUAUAAAUAUAUUAUGUGCACAAAUUUUUAUUUAGCUGUUUUGUCAUGACAGACAUUAAACUAUGAGGGCAAUCAAUUGGCACAUCUUUCUUGUCACAAGUACACAGAGUAAACCCUAUUGUAAAUGGAAAUAAUUAAAAUAAAUAUACUUGCUGGCAGUGAAGAUAAAUAAAAACAUUAUCCUUUGUA